UAAAAAGAAAAUGGCAUCUUCUAAGAUAUUAAGAACAAGGAUGUUCAUUGUGGAUACAACGAAUGCUGGUUGUUAUUAUAUUGAAUCAUUAAUGGGAAUUUCAUCCUUGGAAACUAUUGUCUAUCUUAGGAUAUAUCCCAUACUAUUGAUUCUCGGUUAUAUAGGAAAUUCUCUUGGUAUUCUAACUUUGUUACUCAACGCUUACAAGGCAAAUAAGAGGGAAAACUUAAUUCGUACUCAUUCACGUAAUAAUCUUUCAUUCGUAGAAAAGUUCCGACGUAUUUUCUUCAAUCUAUUUUUUUGUUCUUCUUCAAGGACUUAUAAUCCUUCGCUCAUGGAUCCAUACAAUACACCAUCUCGUCUAUCUGAUAUGGCAGGCGCUGAAUUAUUAUACGCCAGUUAUUUUGGUUUCAAUUUGCUAACAAUUAUAAUUUUUACUACCUAUCCCUUAUUCAACUAUCAUUUAAAAAGUAUCCAUACCAGUCUUCAUAGACAAAUAUGGUUAGGAUUUAGGUGGAACAAUUAUAUAUCUAAUUAUUACUACAUCUUGAUGCAGGUAAGUAAAAGCACGGGUUUUUUGAUAUCGGUAUGGAUGUGUGUUUACUGUUACUCAUUGGCUUGUCAUAGAGAAUAUCUUAAAUUCUUUUGGCCUAAAAAAAUUAAAUACGCAAUUAUAGCAAUUUUAUUAUACCUUGUAAUCCUGUUUGCUCCUGUAAUUUUUUGGCAUAAAAUACUAGUGGGGAGAAUUUGCGAUGAAUAUGAAAUAGAUAAUGAUCGUAUAACAGGAAAGAAUGAACAAAAGUUACCGUCAUAUAUUUUUUAUUUCAAGAUUUAUAAACUAUAUAGUUCAGCAAUGUGGAUAACUUAUCAACUUGCGAGGGAACUUUUUGUCACAUUUAUUCCUUUUCUUAUUAUGGGCUAUGCAUAUAUUAAUGUAAUCAUUAAAAUUAAAAAAUCCAACUCUAUUAGGCAUACACCAAUAAACUUUAUAAAUAAUUAUCAAGAGCAAACCAACUCAUCUAUGUUUAUUGUUGGAGAAGCCUCAAAAAAAUUAAAUGAUUAUAAAAUUAACAACUCUCAUAAAUUAUCGGGAAAAGAACCAGAACUUAACAAAUCUCGAUAUACAGAAGAACGAGAGAAUACAUCUAAAAAUUGCAAGAUAAAGCCAAUUUUCACGAAUCCAGAUUCCUUACCCACUGAAAAAAGAGUCACAAAUAGUACGAAUUUCCCUUCCACAAGCCGAAGCGGGAUAAAUAAUAGGAUAGAUAGUAGGUUAUUAUAUCGGUUAGAUAAUCGGCCAACCAUUUUGUUAAGCAGAAGUUUACGAAUAAAUUUACUUACAAUGAGUCUCCUGGUUUUUCAAAGUGCGGCAUUUGUAUUACCAUCGUUAUUGAUUACUUUAAUUAGGGAUUAUUCUUUGCGAUUUGAAGUGUCUACCUUGCACAAAAUCAAUAUUAUUUACGAUCUAAUAAAUGUUAUAAAUGUUAUAACAUUGUUUUAUCUUGAAGUGUUGUGCAAUCCUGAUUAUAGGAAAAUUCCUAGCUACGCCACUGCCUUCUCUUAUAUGACGACAAAUGUUAUAAGAGAUUUGUCUGAAGUUUCUUAUGUAUGCACCACUGCUGAUUGUUGGAGUGGUCAUCGAAGGGCUUUUAUUGGACUUACUAUACAUUGGCUGGAUCCGUUAACCCUCAAGAGAAGGACAGCCGCUUUGGCACUGAGGGGGAUAAUUGGGAGGCAAACAUAUGAUGUUUUGGCCAACGAAAUCAUAGGUAUCCACAAAGUUUUUGGAGAAAAUGAAGAAGAUAGUAGUGAGGAUAUGGAAUUGAUAAAUUUGGAUGACAUAUUAUCCGUUGAUGACCCAAUUAUUCCUACUAUCAGCCUACCAAAACAUCAACGUUGUUGUUGCCAUAAUCUUAACCUUAUUGCAACAACAGAUGCGGAGAUGGCAGAUAUUAAUAAACAAAAUAUGUCGUCAAAAAUGGCGGAUAUUUUAUUGGAGAAAUUAGGAAGAUAUUUAAUAGCUCCCAACAAGACAAGAUGGAAUUCUUAUUACCAAUCCAUGAAAUUAAUAGAUAAGAUGCUUUCUGAAAAGUUUUCAGAAGUAAAACAAGUAUGUGAUCAAAUUGGAUUUGCAAUGUUUAGGCAAGAGGAAUGUUUUUUUGUUAAAGAGUAUGCAACAGUUAUGGAACCUUUGGCGAUCUCGUUAAAAAUCUUGGAACGAGAGGAUAAUAGCAGGGAUAUAUAA